ACACCGGACGCCGCGUCCUCUCCUCCUCCUCACACCCGGACGCCGUGUCCUCUCCUCCUCCUCACACCGGACGCCGCUCAUUCUCCCGCGCACACGACAUGUUGUUUUCCGGCAGCAGGAAGGAUUCCGACCUGAGAGAAGCCGCGUCCCUGAGGCAGCAGAGGAGGAUGAAACAAUCCGUCCAGUUCAUCCAUAAGGAUUCCGCAGAUCUCCUCCCUCUGGACGGACUGAAGAAACUGGGGACCUCCAAGGACACGCAGCCGCACAAUAUUUUGCAGCGACGUUUACUGGAGACCAACAUAACAAAACUGAGGAACAAUCGGCCGCCGUGGAUCCCGAAGAGCGAAACGCAGAGCAACAAACUGCAUCAUGGGAAAACGGAGACCCCCAGAAAGAGUGAGGAGGAGGACGCUGUGUUUGUCUGGUGUCAGUGUGCAGGGAAGGAGAUGAAGGUGAAGAUAGACACGUCCUGUCAGCACAACAUCAUCUCCUCCGCCUGCCUGGACCGACUGGGGCUGAAGGAACAUUUCAGGUCCUAUAAGAAUGAGGAGGAGACGAUGUCUCUGCCGUACGACGUGAAGACCCUCGGUCAGGUAGAAGACGUGACGGUGACGUUGGGCAGUGCGACCCUGGACCUGACCGCGGCCGUCACCGAUGAUAAAGAGCGGAAAUUCUCCCUGGGUCUCCAGACUCUGCGCUCCCUGAAGUGUGUAAUAAAUCUGGAGAAGAAUCAUCUAGAGUUGGGCCAAGCGGACAGAGAGCUCAUCCCGUUCACGGCGAGCCGCAGCGCAGCCCAAGAGGAGCAUUCAUCAGAUGCGCUAUAAGAAGUCAAAUCCUGAAGCCAAACAAGAACCGGCGUCAUCGCCAUCAUCCUGCCCUCCCGUGUCUCCCGUCUCGUGGCUCCUGUGGCGCCCCCUCUCUGUGCUUUUUAUACCUACACCCUCCCUGAUGAUAAUUUCACUAGAACUGGAGAUUUUUUACUAGAUGUAUUUUACUAUUCUGCUAUUUCUACUGUCAUCCUGGUCCUAUAGAGAUACAUUUACCUGAUCUCCCCCAUACAGCUGCUCCACAGCGCCACCCAAUGCUCAGGGCAGGAAGUGCAGGUAAAAAGAUGUUCUCAUCUGCAUAAUGGUUAUCAUGAGGCUGAGCCCGGGGUGUGAAUACUUUACUGUUUUAUCCUGAUGUUAUAUUGCCUUAUAUAUAUAUAUAGUGUCCAUGUAUCUGCGGGUCGAGAAACAAUCAUGGGAUAAAGUAUUCACACCCUUCUCCAUCCUGUGUAUCUCCAGCUGUUGCAAAACUACAACUCCCAUCAUGCCCUGACAGCCGAAGGCUGUCAGGGCAUGAUGGGAGUUGUAGUUUUGCAACAGCUGGAGAGCCACAGGUUGAUUUAAUGCACACACUCAUUAUUAGAUCAAUGCAUGCUGGGAGUUGUAGUUCUCCAACAGCUGGAGAGCCACAGGUUGCAGAUAAUUGAUUUAAAGGGGUACUCUGGUGGAAAACUUUUUUUUUUUUAUCAACUGGUGCAAG